GAGUGUUGCUUCUGUUUCCAUAGAUACUGCAGACCUCUGGUCUAGAUGGUGUCCAUCAGCCAGAGUCUAGAACACCCCUCCCCCGCCCUGGUGCUGAUGCAGCUGAAUCAUGACUCCAUGUUUCUACGGGAACAAAAGCCAUCAGUCAGCUGCCGCACAAACAGCUCCUGAACAAAAGUAGCUAUGUUUCUAGAAGUUCAGUACUCCAUAAAUCCCGGUGGUGAACAGAUCUGAGCCGUUUGACUUUGGGACCUCAGCGCCAUGCCUCUGGCCAGACGUCGCUCGUCCUUCUUGGGACAGCCAACCGCUGAUCGCCCAGUGUCUAUCCCCUGUGGUAGGAUGGGCAUAUCCAGUACCAGUACACCCCGUGGAGUCUUUGUAGGCCCCACAUCCUCAACUACAUCUUCUGGACUGGGAACACGAGUGUCCCGCAGGGCUCUGGGAAUCAGCAGUGUGUUCCUGCAAGGAAUGAGGAGUAGUGCCACACCAGUUGUGCCUCGAUCUGGGGAGUGGGCUACAGGAGGUGGAGCAGCAGCAGGCCUGAACAGCUCCCUGAUGGAGUAUCGAGACAAAGUGAGAGCGCUGGAGCAGCUGAACCAACAGCUGGAAGAGCAGAUUCGCCUCUGUCUGGACCGAAAGGCCUCCAGUGCUGGGGCCUGGGGUCCGCUCAAGGCAGAGUGGGAGGACAUUUACAGGCAGGUCAGCGAAGCCAUCCUGGACAAUGCCCAACUGAUGCUGCAAACUGAGAACGUUCAGGCUAGCGCCGAGGAUUUCAGGGAAAGGUACGAGACUGAACAGCCCUUUAGGAGGGCUGUGGAGGAGGAGAUCAGCUCCUUGUGCAGAGUGAUUGAGGAGGCAAACAUAACAAAGGCGGAGCUUGAGGAGCAAAUGCAAGACAUGAGGGCGGAGCUAAGGUCUUUGGAACGCAGCCAUGAGCAGGACGUGCGCGCUCUUUACAACCAGAUGGCUGGACGGGAGGUGGACGAACCUGACGCACCCAUACAGACUAGUCUGGACCAGAUUCUGGCCUACAUCAGGAGCCACUGGGAGAAAGUGACAGAGAGGAACCGAGCUGAGACCGACAGCUACUUGGAGUGUAAGCAGGAGGCACAAUGUGUGGGUAGCAGCUCGAGCCCAGAGGAGGAGCAGGUGGAGGCACUGAAGGUGGAGUGUGGUGAUGUUGGCUGCAAAAUCCAGAGUCUUCAGGCCGAGACGGAGUCCAUCAGAGCGCUGAAACGAGGUCUGGAGAACUCGCUGACCGAUGCUCAGCACUGGCACAGUGUGGAGCUGCAGAACCUCGGUCAGGUGGUGGCUAAGCUGGAGGCGGAGCUAGCUGAUGUGCACAACGAGGUGGAGCAGCAGCGCCGCGACUUCGAUACGUUGCUAAGCAACAAACAGAAACUAGAGCAGGAGAUUGGACUGUACCAUGGUGUCCUGGAUGGAGAGGAGAGCCGCUUCCUGCUGGCCACCAGUCCACACUGUUCAGGUGUGCACGGAGAGUCUUCUGCUGCUGCCACCUCCAGGACCGAAGCUCCAGCACCUACAGGAAUUUCUUCUCUGUGAUCAGUGUGCAGGAACUUGUUCCUGCAGACCAAUAUGGACUGUGAGAAAUUGACCUGGUUUCUACCUGGGCAGGUGUAUGGGUGUGAAUGCUGGAAAAACCUGAAUAAAGACUUUCAGAAUGUACCGUGUUCAAGAUCCUGGACCGACCCAGACCUGAGAAUUCUGAUUCUGGACCCGCUUCAAAGCAGAGUCCAGAGGAGCACAAAUGUUUCAAGUAAAGUGUUUCCUGCUUUGGUGCUUUCAAAAUAAAAGUGACAGUAGCUGAA